GGGGGGCGCCACACACGCAGGGCGGCACCGUGUCCCUUCUAGCAACACAUCCCGCUCCCUCUCUAUGGCCCCGCCGCCAUGUUGGCCGUGAGGGGAAGCGGAGGCCCGGACCCCGCUAAAAUGGAGGCGCGGAGCCCUCAGGGGGUGUAGGGGUUCCUUCCCCUCCCCGACCCCCGGCCCGGAGCCCAUGGAGCGGCUGUAGGGUCGGUGCUUGAGCAGCUCCUCACUGCCAGGAUGAGUUUCCCAAAUCCCACCCAACAUCCAGGAGCUGGGAAUUCCUGCAGGAUCACCCUCGGACAAGCCAAUCAGGUGAUUCCCAAAGUUCCCCUCCUGAGGAUUCUGCAGGCUGCGGGCGCCCAGGGCGACACCUUCACCCUCAAGGAGGUGAUGCAUUUCCUGGGUCAGUACAUCCUGAGCCGGCAGCUCUACGACAAGAGGCAGCAGCACCUGGUUCACUGCGGGGGAGACCAGCUGGGAGAGCUGCUGGGCCUGCAGAGCUUCUCCCUGCGGGAUCCCAGCCCCGUGUACGAGAUGCUGAAGAGGAACCUCAGCCCUGCUGCACUCCCAGAUGCUGCACAGACUCUCCCAAAGGAGCAGAGCGUCGCUAAGCCCAGCCCAGACCAGCCGCAGCACAGCCAGGAGGAAGGAUCUGACUCUGGGAUCCUGGAGGGUGACAGCAAAACCUCUGCUCCGGCUACCUCAGAGCCCAAAUGUGACACUUGUGAAGACAAAGACUUGAUAGAAAACCUCUCCAAAAGCAAAAAGCCCAAGCUGGAUCUGGUUUUUGAGGAAUGGGAUGUGGCCGGGCUGCCGUGGUGGUUUUUAGGGAAUCUCAGAAGCAAUUACAAAUCCAGGAGUAACGGAUCCACGGAUAUUCAGACUAACCAGGACAUCGACACUGCCGUAGUUUCAGACACCACGGAUGACCUGUGGUUCCUCAACGAGUGUCCCCUGGAGCAGGGCGGUGCUGGGCUCAAGGUGGAGGUGCUGGACUGUGAGGAGGUCCCAGAAGGUGACACCAAGGUGGCUGAGGACGUGUGCUUGGAUGAGCUGGAGGAUUCCCAGUGCCUGAGUGAUGACACGGAUACAGAGGCUGCUGCUGAGGAUUGCUGGCAAUGCUCCAAGUGCAGGAAAUUCAACUCUCCGGGGAAAAGGUACUGCUACCGCUGCUGGGCCCUGCGCAAGGACUGGUACCGGGACUGCCCCAAACUGCCCCAUUCCCUGUCCCUUUCCAACAUCAAUUCCAUGGAAAACCAGGAGCAGGAUAGAGGGGUGGACGUCCCAGACUGUAGGAGGACGAUUUCAGCCCCGGCUGGCCAAGCCAAGCACCUUUUCCUGGGAGAAAACAAACCCCGCGUGGAUCCCGGCAGCUCCAUCGAGUCCUUGGAUUUGGCGCGGGAUGGGAAAAACCGGGAUUUCACCAAGCUGAAAAAAGAGGAGGAGGUGGAAUCUUUGGAGAGCAUCAAAACCCUGCUGAGUCCCUGCUUCCUGUGCCAGCACAGGCCUCGGGAUGGGAAUAUUGUCCAUGGAAGGACUGCUCACCUGGUGGCCUGCUUCAGGUGUGCCAGGAUGCUGAAGAAGAAGAGAUCACCGUGCCCGGUGUGCAGGAAGGAGAUCAAGAUGGUCAUCAGGACCUUCAUGGGCUAGCAGGAUCUUCUGCUCCUAAAAUAACCCCCAAAAUAAGUUUUUUUUGCACAAAAACCCCCAAUUCCAGAGCUUGGUCUGCAGGAUCAGGAUGGUCAUCAGGACCUUCAUGGGCUAGCAGGAUCUUCUGCUCCUAAAAUAACCCCCAAAAUAAGGUUUUUUUGCACAAAAACCCCCAAUUCCAGAGCUUGGUCUGCAGGAUCAGAAUGGUCAUCAGGAUCUUUAUGGGGUAGCAGGGCCCUUUGCUCCUAAAAUAACCCCAAAAUGAGGAUUUUUUGCACUCAGAUUUCCAUUUCAGUGUGUGCAGGAAAGAGAUCAGGGUGAUCACCGGGAUCUUUAUGGGCUAGCAGGACCUUCUGCCCCUAAAAUAACCCCAAAAUGAGGAUUUUUGCACUCAAACCCAAUUUCCAGAGCUCAGCCAGUGAAACCAAAGAAAACCAAGAUUUAAAUCCCACCAAGAAUCCUCUGCAGGAUCCACUUUUCCAUGGAAAUCACCUUGAGAUCAAAACCCCAAAAUUUUGGAAAUUUUCCCAAUUCCCCAGUUUCAGCCUGAUUUUAUCCUUUGGGAUUCUUUCUCCUGACCCAGAGCAGAAGAUUUGGGAAAAAUCGUGACUUUUGGGAUGGUUUUUUUUUCCAUAAAUCCCAACUUGUGCAAUUCCUUUGGAGCUGAGGGAUAAAAAUAGAAAUAAAUAUUUAUGGUGGGAGGGCAGGGGAUUUGUUUUGAAGAGAAGAAAAAGAACUUUAUUCCUGAUUUUUUUUAUUGUUUAAGGUCGGCAGGUUGAAGAAUUCCUUGCUCCCAAAUGGGAAAUAAAUCCAAGUUUGUAAUCCACACCUCUCAGGUCACAAAUCAGACAGAAAAAAAUAAUAAUAAUGUUAUAUUUUGCUUUCUUU